AUGGACUCUGGAGCUGAGACUGCUGGUGCUGAGCCUGUGGAUGCUGAGACAGAGGGUGAGGGUUCUGGAGGUGCUGCGACUGGGGUGGUGGUGGAGCUGUGGGUGAACCUGCUAGAGGUCCUGGAGCUGGAGAGCCACCGCAGCCUGAUCUACUUGAGACCUACUAGUCCUGGAGGUACAGCUGGUGCUGGAGGUGCUGGAGGCGCUGGAGCUGGAGGUACUGGAGCUGCUGGGGCUGCUGGUCCUGGAGGUGCUCGUACUGGAGGUGCUGGAGCUGCCGGAGCUGGUGGUGCUGUUAGUGCUGGAGGUGCUGGGGGUACUGGAGCUGCUGGUACUGGAGGUGCUGGUGCUACUGGUACUGGAGCUGCUGGGGCUGCUGGUCCUGGAGGUGCUCGUACUAGAGGUACUAGAGCUGCCGGAGCUGGUUGUUCUGCUAGUGCCAGAGGUGCUACUGGAGCUGCUAGCACUGGAGGUGCUGGUGCUACUGGUCCUGGAGGUGCUUGUACUAGAGGUGAUGAAGCUGCCGGAGCAGGUGGUGCUGCUGGUGCUGGAGGUGCUACUGGAGCUGCUGGCACUGGAGGUGCUGGAGGUACUGCUGGUGCUGGAGGUGCUGGAGCUGGAGAUACUGGAGGUACUGGAGGUGCUAGAGCUGCUGGUCUUGGAGGUGCUCGUACUAGAGGUGCUGGAGCUGCCGGAGCAGGUGGUGCUGCUGGUGCUGGAGGUGCUGGAGGUGCUACUGGAGCUGCUGGCACUGGAGGUGCUGGAGGUACUGCUCGUGCUAGAGGUGCUGGUGCUGCUGGAGCUCGUUGUGCUGCUGGGCUGGAGGUGCUACUGGAGCUGCUGGUGCUGGAGGUGCUCGAGCUGCUGGUGCUGGAGGAACUGGAGCUGCUGGUACUGCCCCGCGCCGACUAUUUUUCUACCCGUAGCCGCAGUCGUCCCUGCCGCCGCCUGACUCGGUCCUUCGCCAGGUUCUUAGUCUCCCGUUGUCAACUGGCCUCACUCCACCUCUCCUGUGUCCACCGAUAG